UUCAUCUGCUCUGGGCAGCCUUUUCGUCGUGUGGCCGUGUAUUUGAUUUUUACAUGUUUUUUAACUCAUUUUUGGAUAAUUCGAUUAUCAUUUUGAAUCCGGAGGAGAGAUAACGGAGAAGCAGGUUCCAAAAAGUAGCGGGCCACAACCACAACAGGGAGAGAGAGAGAAGAGACCAAGACCGAAAGUACGAUCGAAACACGGACACGGGCCAAAAAAAGGGAUAAAGUAAACUAAAACUGCCAACAUGAGCAUACCCAACGAAUAUAUAGCGAAAACAGAGGAUGUGGCGGAACAGGUUAUCAAGCGCGGCAAGCAUGUUUUGCCCACUGUGGCUCGUCUGUGUCUCAUUGCUACCUUCUUUGAGGAUGGACUUCGUAUGUAUUUUCAAUGGAAUGAACAACGGGAGUACAUGGACAUGAGCUGGGGUUGUGGCAAAUUCCUUGCUACAGUCUUUGUGCUGAUCAAUUUAUUUGGCCAACUUGGUGGAUGUGGCAUGGUCAUAGCCCGCUUCAAGGUCGACAUUGCUGUGGGUCUUCUAUUCUUCAUUGUCGUGCUGCAGACAAUUGCUUACUCUAUCCUGUGGGACUUUCAGUUUUUGCUACGUAACUUUGCCCUGAUUGGGGCCCUAUUGCUUGUGCUGGCCGAGGCGAGAAUCGAGGGACGCAGCCUAUUCGCCGGUGUGCCAUCUAUGGGCGACAAUAAGCCCAAGAAUUUUAUGCAAUUGGCUGGAAGGAUUCUAUUGGCCUUCAUGUUCAUCACGCUGAUACGCUUCGAGCUGAGUGUGUGGAAUGUUAUACAGGAUAUCAUUGGUUCCAUUCUGAUGAUACUAGUUGUCAUUGGCUACAAGACAAAGCUGUCGGCCUUGAUACUGGUGGCUCUGUUGGUCGUUUUGAAUUUAUAUCACAAUGCCUGGUGGACGAUUCCGUCUUAUAAGCCACUUAGAGAUUUCUUGAAAUAUGAUUUCUUCCAGACUCUCUCCGUGAUUGGUGGCCUGCUCAUGAUUGUUUCCUUGGGCCCUGGUGGCGUAUCCAUGGACGAGCACAAGAAAAAAUGGUAGAGCUUCAUUUUUAUUCUUUCCCGACACAAAAAAAAAAAAAACCAACAAAAGAAAAAGAAUCCGAAAGAGUAAAACAGAGAAAGAAAACACGUCUUAGUUAGGAUCUUUACCAUAAAAUGGAACAACAACAGGAGCAGCUGUAGCACAACAACAACAACAAGAGAACACUUGACAAUUUUGAUAGCAUUGAAAAGGGACUUCCUUCGCAAUAUACAUAUAGUAGAAUCAUACCCCAAAACAAAUUCCAACACAUUCUCAUUGACAUUUUUACACUUUCCUUUUUGUACAUAACAAGACAACAAAAAAAAUUUCAAAAAAAGCAAACAAACGAUGAUGAGGGAAAAACGAGAGAUAGCAAACUGAUUUUGUUUUCUUUAAAAAACUAUACAUUAAAUUAAUUAACAAACAUUUAUUAUUUGAUAACAGA